GGUACGUUCUAAAGUAAUUUUAAUGACGCAACAGACAGGCAGCAUUUUCUGCGUGAAAGGUCGUGAUUUGUGUCUCCAGGAAGAUGUACAACAAUUGCGACAGGCACCAGGGUUUUUUCGCUGGAGAUCCCAAUAGCCACGAUUGUCACUCCAAUCGAGACAACCGACAUAGCGACUGUCCUUCUGCCUCAUCAGCGAACCCAGGUCAGAGCUGGUCAGCGGCGCCUCAAAUAGGACCACAAUCAAGCUUUUACACCAGAUUUGCCUUCGGCCCUCAAGAUGCUCGGCAAGAACCCGCAGCUAGCAACUACCAGCCUUGGAUACCACAGGAAACCCAAAGAGUGCGACAAGAUAGAUGGGAUCUUCCUCGCCAACACCGCGUGGAGUCUCUUUACCCAGAAUUCAAUCAGUCGAACAGGGAUGUGCCCUGUUUAUGGGAGAACUCUUUGUUGAACGAGUUCGACGUCCCCGAGUGUCGAAAUCGGCUUGAAGGAACUGCCGUUGAUGUUCCUGUGGAGAUACAAGGAUGGGAAAACGCGCCAGAAUCAAGACCGCCACGUGCACGCGCCACUCCCCCGGAAGUAACCGACAAGAUGGCGAUUCUAAGGUUACCUUCAGGUCUUGGGUUAUGUGGGCAAGGGGAAUCAACUGAUGCUGUGACGUUUCCUCAAGUAAAGAUCAAGCAGGAGCCUAGAGAAACAGCUGAGCAAGAUUUAUCAACUCCCGAGCCGCAAGCUAAAAUCAAGAACGAGUUCUCGACUUCCGGGGUAGGCAAUGUACCGUCUGCUCUUGGAGGGCUCUGGGGUGACCAAGUACAGAACCAGACAUUCGGUUCUAUUGACACACCAGAACCUUGCACCAACAAUGAACAAGUGAUAGAAAAUGAAGGGCAGACAGCUAGUCACGUGACCGAGACUAGUCACGUGACAGUUUCUAAUCGUGAGGCUACCCCAAGAAGGUCCGCGCGCCUGCGAUCCAGACAUCAAGCACCUUACACACAGGACCUUUCGACGAAAAAUAGACGUCGAUCAAAAAAGUGAUAAAUCCUCGAACCACUUACAAUAGAAAGCAACUAUUUGUUUUAAUUUUCCGUAAUAAAAAAGACUGCACUAGAACGAAAAUGAAUAAAGACUUGAUUUUAGACAAA